UGGCGCGUGUCACCUCUGGGGUGCGUUGCAGAUACCUCUGCGACGCCAGCUUGAAAGUCUCCCUCAGUCUAGGAUUGACUCCAGUUUACCAACUCCUAACCCCCGCCCAUCUCAACCGCAGCUCCAACUCCGUGAGAAAGCCCCGACUUUGCAGAACCCCAGGUGCAGUGGAGCUCGGCAAAUUUGAGACACUUUUUCCUUCCUUUCCUCCAACCCAAUCCAAGUUAAGGUUCUGACUGAGCCAAGAGUGGGUGCUAAAGCAGCGGGCAUCAGGUGUCUAGGGCGGGCCUCCAGGUCCCUGGGGACUCUCAGGUUGAAGUCUUGCCGUGGGCAGAGGCUUCAGGCUUCUCCCAGAGCCGGUUGCUCUGCACCGCUGGAAAACCACGCUUCGUCGCAGCAUGGCCACCAGCCUUAGCGCAGACAGCCCGCAGCAGCCGAGCCCGCUGUCUACCCAGCAGACCACACUUCUGCUACUCCUCUCGGUCCUGGCCACCGUGCACUUGGUACAGUGGCUGCUGGGACAGUGGCGGCGGAAACCGUGGUCCUCGCCUCCGGGUCCUUUCCCAUGGCCACUGAUCGGAAACGCGGCGUCUGUGGGUCGGGCGUCGCACCUGUACUUCGCUCGCCUUGCGAGGCGCUAUGGUGACGUUUUCCAGAUCCGUCUGGGCAGCUGUCCCGUGGUGGUGCUGAAUGGCGAGAAUGCCAUCCACGAAGCCCUGGUGCAGCAGAGCAGCAUCUUCGCCGACCGGCCACCCUUCGCCUCUUUCAGCGUGGUGUCUGGCGGCCGCAGCCUGGCAUUCGGCCCCUACUGCGAGCGCUGGAAGGCACAGCGACGCGCGGCCUAUGGCACGAUGCGCGCCUUCUCCACGCGCCACCCGCGCAGCCGCCGCCUCCUUGAGGGCCACGCGCUGUGCGAGGCGCGAGAGUUGGUCGCGGUGCUGGUGCGACGCUGCUCAGGCGGUGCGGUUCUGGAUCCGACGCAACCGAUCAUUGUGGCCGUGGCCAAUGUCAUGAGCGCCGUGUGCUUCGGCUGCCGUUACAACCACGACGAUGCCGAGUUCCUGGAGCUGCUCAGCCAUAACGAAGAGUUCGGGCGCACGGUGGGCGCGGGCAGCCUGGUGGACGUGCUGCCUUGGCUGCAGCUCUUCCCUAACCCGGUGCGCACCACCUUCCGCGAGUUCGAACAGCUCAACCGCAACUUCACCAACUUUGUCCUGGACAAGUUCUUCAGGCACCGCGAAAGCCUGGUACCCGGAGCUGCUCCCCGUGACAUGAUGGACGCCUUCAUCCUCUCCGCAGAAAAGAAGGAGGCAGGGGGAUCUGGCCACGGUACCUUGGGGCUGGACUUGGAGAACGUGCCGGCCACUAUUACGGACAUCUUCGGAGCCAGCCAGGACACCCUCUCCACCGCGCUGCUCUGGUUGCUCAUCCUUUUUACCAGAUACCCUGAUGUGCAGGCCCGGGUGCAGGCUGAGUUGGACCAGGUUGUCGGUAGGGAUCGCCUGCCCUGCAUGGAUGACCAGCCCAACCUGCCUUACGUCAUGGCUUUUCUUUAUGAAUCAAUGCGCUUCUCCAGCUUCUUGCCUGUCACCAUUCCUCACGCCACCACUGCCAACACCUUUGUCUUAGGCUACUACAUCCCCAAGAACACGGUGGUUUUUGUUAACCAGUGGUCUGUGAAUCAUGACCCAGCGAAGUGGCCCGACCCAGAGAACUUCGAUCCAACCCGAUUCCUGAACAAGGACGGCUUCAUCAACAAGGAACUAGCCAACAGUGUGAUGAUUUUUUCGGUGGGCAAACGGCGGUGCAUCGGCGAAGAGCUCUCUAAGAUGCUGCUGUUUCUCUUUAUCUCCAUCCUGGCUCACCAGUGCGACUUCAAGGCUAACCAAAACGAACCCUCAAACAUGAGUUUCAAUUACGGCCUGACCAUUAAGCCCAAGUCAUUUAAAAUCCACGUGUCUCUCAGAGAGUCCAUGGCGCUCCUCGAUAGCGCUGUUCAAAAGCUGCAAACUGAGGAGGCGCGCCAGUGAGAAGCCAGAGGUAGCAGAGAUGUUACAAGAACAUCUGACUCAUUACCUGGGGAGAGAAAUACGGGGUUUAUUCUUUCUUCUUCUUCUUUUUUUUUUCCAGCUCCAUUUUUGGUAUCACUUCUCUAAGGGAGCAGAGACUUAAGUGGCCUGAAGGUGAGGCAUGUUUACCAAUUCAUGACUCUUCAUGAGCUCAUGCUGCCCUUCCUGGAAGUAUUUUUUGCGUCAAAGAGUAAAAGCGUCUAAGGAUUUUUUUUUUUUUUUGCAGUUAAACAUACACACACAUAUCAAUAGCCGUGCACAACCACCUAACAAAGUAUUUCAGUAAUUCUGCCUCGUAGGCGGAUUUGAAAUGGAACCUCUAUGUGCAGAAAUUUACGCCUUCAGAACCUACACUAAACAAAGGUUUAGGAUAGACUCAAGAUUCAAAGACAAGUGAUUUCAAUGAAAAAUUGUGAAGACCAGAAAUUCUCCACCAAAAAACAACUUACUUGAGAAAAUACUUUAAUUCCUUGGUAGUGGCCCUGGCUGAGGUUUGCUUUUUGCCUGAAGAUGUUCCUCCUACUUUAGGAUGUACCAUAAAGUCAGUUACUCAAAAAGAAAUUCAUAGUUAAUUUAAUAAUUGUAGCAGGUUUCAGAGAUUAAUUAAUUUAAAGGUAAAUUGUUUAGGUGGUAAUUUUUUUUUUUUUUUACAAGUUAAAGUUGCAUGCCAUUUGGCUGCUAAAGUGAGCCGUUCCAGCUGGGAGGAGAAAAGAGAUUUGCCAGCCCAGCUUACGCUGUCAAACAUGGACUGUAACAAACUGGUCUCAGUAGUAAGUCUCAUAAAUAAAAACAAACAACAAAAAACCCUAAUGUCACCAGACAGUAUUCAAUGCAAAUAAAUUUGUUACGUAGUAAUUCAUAGACAUCAUAUGAAUAUUAUUUGAUCAUAAAAGUAUUUGAAUAGUAUAUUUCUUAUGUCGUAUUAUAAACCAAAAAGUAUAAUCAGUCGAAAUCUGCCCAAGUCCAGGGAAUAAGCAUGACUAAGUCAAUCUGCUUUGACAUCAGGAAACCAAGUAACAGAUUUUUUUUCCUCAUUCAAGGUUCAGACAAGGGACAAAUCUCAAAACUAAAUCAGCAAAAUAUGUUCUUAUCUGGUAAUUGUUAUAAUACAGAUGCUUCUUUUGGGAUUGGCCCCAUUAAUUUGUUAAAAUUCCAAACUCUUGACAUACUUCAAUUUUAAAUGAGCUUAAAAUCCACCUUGAUUAUAUCAUUUCAGUUGAAGCUAGAGGAAAUAUGGUCAUUAUUUCUUUGAAGGUGAGACACCUAACCUUUGUCUGAGGACAAAUGCUGAAAAAAAAAAAGGGCCGUGAAAUUUCUAGAUGUUCUUUAUAUUGGGCCAUACGAUAGGAAACUCAUUACAACUGGUUUCUCUUUAAAUGUUAUUAUCAUUAUUAUUGUUACUGUUUUUUAAAUUGAGUAUUAAGGUCUGUAAUUUUGUUUGUUUUGCCUUUGGAGGCUGUUUAGUGAUUGCAUUGUGAACUGGUAGAGAUAGCUAAAAUCAAUCCUUUUAUUUAGGAUGGUACACUAUGAGUAGUUAAUUUUUGGUAGAAAGAAGAAAUCUAAGGUUUUGGAUUAUGUAAACAAGUCCAAAACCCUUCAGGAAGGGCUAGAAGAAUGGGAAAGGAGGCCCAGGGCUAGUGGGGGUUCCCAUUUCCGUUUUCACUGCAAUUAGAGGUAACAAAAGAAGCCUGCAGCUCUCCAGAGAAUGUGCUGCUUGCUCGGUUUCCUUGGGCUUUUUGGAAUUUUCAUAUCAAAAUGACAAAGGAAGGAGUGUGUGAUGUGUGGAGAGGGCCAGAGCUGCAAGACAGAGAAAGAAUGAGUACGAGGAAAGAUGUGUAAAUGACUCCCCAUUCGCUCCAAAUUAAUUCACUGAAUAUAAAAUUUGAAGUAUGAACAUUGAGGAAAAAAAUACGUUUGGAGUGGCAGUCCUUAAAUUUCAAAAGUAUCUAAAGAAUUGCCCUAGCCCUAUAAAAAACUAUAAAAUGAACUAUAAAAAUGUAAUAUUUAUUCAAAAUUGUUCAUAACAGAACCCCUUGAAUUUGGAAAACAGAUUGCAUCAAUAUUUCAAAGGCCUUAAUUUCAACUACAAAAAUCAGAUCUAUCAAACAUUUUUAAAGAUUUUUUUUUUUAGUUAUCUUAAAAACAUGUGCCUCAGUAGGGCUGGGACAGUGAUUUGGGCCCCCGCGGCCUCUUCACUCUGAGAAAUUCCUAAUGGUGAAAGUCGUCAUGUACCAAUCUGGACCCCUCAUUACGUUAACGAGACCCAGAUGUUUGUUUUGUGCAUGUAGGUACCGUUUCCAUCUAAGGCUCUCAGUGAAAGGGAAAGAGGCAGUGUGUGUGUGUGUGUGUGUGUGUGUGUGUGUGUGUGUGUGUGUAAGAGAGAAUGAGAGAGAGAGAGAGAGAGAGAGAGAGAGAGAGAGAGAGAGCGCUUUGUUGAAUAUACUUAGAACUCAGUGAAAGGAAGGAGGUUGCAAACCAGAAACAAGUAAAAAUUACCAAAUCUGAAGGCUAUCGGGAUAGAUUCCUGGCUUCAUCAGGAAGCCUGAUUUUAUUUCUGCCACAGACGACUUCAUCUGCUGAGCCCCACAUAAGUCAGAAUGUCCACUUCAGGUCAGUGCAGCAGAAGUGUGUUUUUGUUAAACGCCUCACUUGUGUAUUAGAGUUCGGACUUCGUCAGACCAUUCCUUCCUGCCCCCCCCCCCCCGCCCCAAAACAAAAGAAGAUGCCUUGGGUAUGUUUUGUGGAUUAAUCAACAGAAUUCAUGCCCCCAGAACUUAGCCUUUACCUGUGAAAUGUUACCACACUCUUAAUAUUUUCACACCUGGGCUGUACUAGAUCAAGUCGAUACGUCACCAUGUAUGUUAAUUAGUAUGUUUUCAGUCGUGACAUGAUUGUGUGAUAAUGAGUAUAUAUUACCUGAUGACUAUAACCCAAGGAUAACUUCCUAUUUAGCCUCUUCCUGUGUUUUUAUACUUUAUCGUAUAUAUUCUUAGUGUGUAUAUAGCUGAUACAGUGCACAGUCAUAACCAAGACGGAUCCUAUGCACACAGCAUUAACUGAUAUAGAGCCUUUACUUUUGAUGUACUAAAAUGUAAAGAGUUCUAUUACCAAAACACCAUUACCUAAACAAUAAAAUUCACUUUCAUAA